UCGUGGAAUUGCCGAGACGUUUCUGAUUCUUGGCAUUUAAACCGCCGAAUCCUCACUAUGCGUUGACAAAGAAGAGCAAUCGCUUGAAACCAAUGAAAUACACAAAACUGUAUCUCUGCGCUGCUCCGGUCGGAAAACAAUGGGAGCCACGUUCGCUUGCGUGCGAAUAAGUCCACCUCUCCCAAACAGGCUUCUUCGAGGAUUGCUUCAAAGGUGAGACUCGAAAACUUUGCCAUGCGUCAGGAAUCGGUUGGUAGUUCGCUCUCCCCUUUUCCUUGCUGAUCUUCCGACAUUGAUGGGCAGCAGCUAUUUCGCUUGGAUGGGACAUGCCGGCGGCGCUGACAUGGAUCUCACCUGAAGGAGGGUCUGGUCGUUUUUUAAAGUAAUAACAAUUACAGCCAUCCUAGUUGCGCGAUAGUUUCAUUGAAACUGCAACCCCGAGCGAACAAGGAAGCUCCGAUUAAAGGAUUGGCCACCGGUAAUUGACAGUCAGCAGCCGGGAUUUCCAGCUAAAUUGCCUACACUGUGGGAGGAAAGGGGUUGUGUUAUCUUGUUUAAUAUUAAUUCGGUGCGACCCUCCAGAUCCCAGUGCCGGAAAUGAGCCUGGGAAGAUGGGGCGAGAAGGCGCUCUUCUGCCUAGUCGCCCGCUCUGAGCCACCAGCCUCUCGUACAGCUUAAUAACUGUCAUGAAAAAGCCGGCAAAGAAACUGCCCCUGAACUCCGGCGCAGCCUUAGUGGUGUUGGCGGCGGCGAGGGCUUUGAAACGGCAAAUCUCUCCCACUCUCGGGAUUGUGGCUGAGGAAGGGGCGAGUCUCUUUCCUGGCCUCGAUUAGAGGCGCGGGUGGGGAGGAAAGCCAACCAUUCAGUUUUGCAGAUGUAGUCAGCCGUAGCCCCAGGGUCUCAGGAGCUCUGUUCUGUGCUUAACUGAGUUAGUCAGCAAGUGUGUCUACCGACAACCCCCCCUUUCUGUAUUCCUCCAUAUCUUUCCUGGGUAAACAAUCCUUACCCACCCACUUGGUUUGGCAGAAAGAGCUGCCACCAUAAGUGGAGAAAAUAAAUAGAUUUUGCCAUCAAUAAGAUCUUGGCUUCCUCGCUUACCAACAACCCCACCCUCGAGUUUUUAUUUUUAUUUUUUGUUUUUUUAUUUUAUUUUUGCUCACGCCCUUUUCCCUUUCGGAAUCUCUGUUGUUGUUUAAAGUCAGACAAUGGGGCGCCGGGAAACUCCCUUCGGCAGCCUGGAGGGAGGCGAAGAGCUUUAGCACUCACCGCGCAGAAAGGGGGAGUGCGGGUUACCUGCUCGGUCAAUUUCAGCCCACAAGGGAAGCUCCCGCCUGCCUGGGCUCCCCAAUGGUUUUGCCUGGGCUCUGGGAGAGCUUCAGAUUCCGUCGUGCGCACCUCGCCCUCCUGAGCUGCUUCUGCACUAGAAUGUUGCGGCAGGUUUUGCACAGAGGGCUGAGAACGUCUUUCGCCAGACUCGGCCACUUCGUUGCCAGCCACCCGGUCUUCUUUGCCUCUGCGCCCGUGCUCAUCUCCAUCUUGCUGGGGGCCAGUUUCAGCAAGUACCAGAUCGAGGAGAGCGUGGAACACCUGCUGGCCCCCAAACACAGCCUGGCCAAGAUCGAGAGGAACCUAGUCAAUAGCCUCUUCCCGGUGAACCGGUCCAAGCACCGGCUGUAUUCCGAUCUGCAGACCCCAGGGAGAUACGGCAGAGUCAUCAUCACAUCCUUUGUCAAGGCGAACAUGCUGGACCAACAUCAUACGGAUCUGAUCUUAAAGUUGCAUUCUGCUGUGACCAGAAUCCAAGUACAAAGACCUGGUUUCAAUUACACAUUUGCUCAUAUCUGCAUCCUAAAUAAUGACAAGUCCUGCAUAGUGGAUGAUAUUGUACAUAUCUUAAAGGAACUAAAGGCUGCUCGCUUGUCUAAUCAAACUAAUUUUGCUAUCAGAUAUCCAAUCACACACUUAAAGGAUGGCAGGGAAGUAUAUAAUGGGCACCAGCUUGGUGGAGUCACUGUGCACAGCAAAGAUCGAGUUAAGUCUGCCGAAGCCAUUCAGCUUACCUAUUACUUGCAGGCUAUCAAUUCCUUAAAUGACAUUGUAGCAGAAAAAUGGGAAUCCAACUUCUGUGACACAAUAGAACUUUUCCAGAAAUACAACCGGAAUGUCACAAUGUAUCCUUUCACUUCAUCAUCCCUUCAAAAAGACUUCCAGAAGACAAGUAGGAUAUCAGAACAUUACCUAACCACAAGCCUAGUCCUUGUGGUGACCUUGGCAAUGCUCUGUUGUUCCAUGCAAGACUGUGUCCGCAGCAAACCUUGGCUUGGCCUCCUUGGCUUGUUAACUGUGACUCUGGCCACUCUCACUGCAGCUGGAAUCAUUAAUCUGACUGGUGGGAAAUAUAAUUCUACCUUCCUGGGAAUUCCCUUCAUCAUGUUAGGGCACGGAUUAUAUGGAACUUUUGAAAUGCUGUCCUCCUGGAGGAAAACUAGAGAAGACCAACAUGUAAAAGAGAGAACUGCAGCUGUGUUCGCAGACUCCAUGCUCUCCUUUUCUCUCACCACUGCCAUGUAUCUCGUGACUUUCGGGAUUGGUGCCAGCCCUUUCACCAACAUUGAAGCAGCCAGGAUCUUCUGCUGCAAUUCUUGUAUUGCAAUUUUCUUCAACUACCUCUAUGUACUCUCCUUUUAUGGUUCCAGCCUCGUGUUUACUGGCUACAUAGAAAACAACUACCAGCAUAGUAUCUUCUGCCGAAAGGUACCAAAACCAGAGGUAUUGCAAGAGAAGCCUGCUUGGUAUAGAUUUCUUCUGACAGCCAAAUUUAGUGAGGAUACAGCAGAGUCUGAGGAAAUGAACAGUUAUGAAAGCCACCUUUUGGUGUGUUUCCUCAAGCGUUAUUACUGUGACUGGAUAACAAACACAUAUGUCAAGCCUUUUGUAGUUCUCUUUUACCUUAUUUAUAUUUCCUUUGCCUUAAUGGGCUACUUGCAGGUCAGCGAAGAGUCAGACCUCAGUAACAUUGUAGCAACUGCGACACAAACCAUGGAGUAUACUGCUGCUCAGCAGAAGUACUUCAGCAAUUACAGCCCUGUCAUUGGGUUUUAUAUUUAUGAAUCAAUAGAAUAUUGGAAUGUGACUGUUCAAGAUGACAUGCUAGAGUAUACUAAGGGGUUUGUAAGGAUAUCUUGGUUUGAGAGCUAUUUGAAUUAUCUGAGAAAACUCAACAUAUCAACUGGAUUAUCUAAAAAGAAUUUUACUGAUAUGCUGAGGAACUCCUUUCUGAAAGCUCCCCAAUAUGCCCAUUUUUCAGAGGAUGUCAUUUUUUCCAAAAAAUACAAUAAUAAAGUUGAAGUGGUGGCCUCUCGAAUGUUCUUGGUAGCUAAGACCAUGGAUACCAAACGAAAAGAGCUCUAUCCCCUCCUGGAAACUUUACGAAAGCUGUCUCUCAAAUCUAAAGUGAAGUUCAUUGUUUUCAACCCAUCCUUUGUCUACAUGGAUCGUUAUGCCUCCUAUGUGGGGGGGCCCUUGCAGAACUCCUGUAUUAGUGCUUUAUUCCUGCUCUUCUUCUCUGCAUUCCUAGUGGCAGAUUCUCUCAUCAAUGUAUGGCUCACACUCACUGUUGCCUCAGUUGAAUUUGGAGUUAUAGGUUUUAUGACCCUGUGGAAAGUUGAGCUGGACUGUAUUUCUGUGUUAUGUUUAAUUUAUGGAAUUAAUUAUACAGUUGACAACUGUGCACCUCUCUUGUCAACAUUUGUCCUGGGCAAAGAUUUCACAAGAACUAAAUGGGUAAAGAAUGCCCUGGAAAUGCACGGGGUAGCGAUUUUACAGAGCUAUCUCUGCUACAUUGUUGGUCUGAUUCCUCUUGCAACUGUGCCUUCAAAUCUGACCCGUACACUGUUCAGGUGCUUGUUUUUGAUAGCAUUAGUCACCUUCUUUCAUUGCUUUGCCAUUUUACCUGUGAUACUAACUUUUCUGCCACCGUCAAAGAAAAAAAGGAAAGAGAAGAAAACUCCUGAGAAUCGGGAGGAAAUAGAAUGUGUUGAAAUGGUGGAUAUGGAUAGUACCCGUGUGGUUGACCAAAUUACAACAGUCUGA